CGUUCGAAAGGGAUACUGAUAUCAGAUUAAAUUCUUACGUUCUCAAAUACUGUUUAAUAUCAUUAGUAUAUUGUAUAUUGUACAAUUCUCUCUUUAUUUCUAAGUAAAAGCUUCUGGAUGACCUAGUAGUUGAAGCACGAAAUUCCUGGAACUGUUUAACACGUUUACUGCCAUGAGGUCACUCGUGACUGGCACCAUAAAUUUAAUACGAUUCGACAUUAUUUUACCUACGUUUAUUCAUUUCCCAACUACUGUCAGUCUUUAAAUAGCGUUACAAAUUUUAGUCAGUUUAGCGUGAAGCGUGGGAGGGUAUUAUUAUGCACAUUUAUUACUUCUAAUAAAUUCAAGUCCCCUCUAAUCAAUAAACACAUUUUCUCGCGUGUUUCAUCGUUGCUUAUAAUUCUACCCAUCUCUCGCUCUCGACUCGUGGAUGUACGUGUGAAGCAUGCGCUUAUCUCUACUAACGUCUAUCAAUUUUAUUCCAAGAUUCAAAUGAAGUUAUCUAGACCGUAUCGUUACUAACAGGUCAAACGCUUGUUAAUGUUUCAAACAUAAUAUUGACAAUCCUUUAAGUCACUGUUAUCAUCUUGUAAAUAUGUACACUUUGCUAGUACACAGGAAAGUAGAAGUUUCCAUGAAGAAAUCUGUACGUCUAGCCAGAUUUAAUUGCCGAUAAAACGCUUUUCUUUCUUCGAAUACAAAUUACACGAGAUGCACUAAAGAUACUCGAGCAGGGAAAGUACAUGGAAAUUAUCGUUGAAGAAUCCGCUGAAGCGUACUGAUUAUUAUGCUCGACGUCGAAGGACUGCCAUUAUUUCGUCGUUGCCAGCUCGUAUCUUCUUACAGGCUUUGCCAGUGAAAAGAUCUGAAUUGCAUCUUUGAUGCUUACUCCCCGUUUCAAAGAAACCUAUUCGAACAAUAUUACACUAACGUGUGUUGAAAAUAAAAAAUAGAAAAAUUUAUUACAUAUACAUAGAUACAAACGUUUCCUCGAAAAAGAGAAGAAAAGAAGAAGCAACAACUUGUUAUCGCGAAAGCGCGAAAGCAGAAAGUCCUGAUGUUUCAAUCAGGUCUACUUGGCACGCGAAUGGCUGAGAUUUUUUUGUACAAUCUUUACAUUCUCUGUCUUCAUAUUUGCCCGUUCUGGCUGGUUGCUUCAGCAUCAGCAUCAGUCAUCCUCUGCCCUGUUUCUCGUAGCUUGGUCGUGUGUGUCGUAGGUAUUUGUUCGUCAUUCCUAGCCUGCCUGAACGCUUUGCCGUCUUUCCUUCCCCAUACUCUCUGCGUUCGUGUAUUUUGCGAUACAAAAGGGAACGCAGCACCCCGGCUGACGAGUAAUUCCCGUGCCUUUGAACGAUGAUCAUCAUUGUCAUUAUAUAAGAAAAACAGGAAAAGGAACGGGAUUAGGAAUAGGAACAGAAAUAGAAGCAGAAAGUUGGAGUAUUCGUGGCUAAUUAAUAUUAUUUGAUUAAUCGAUUAAGCUGUUAUCUUCCAGUGCGCAUCCAUACUAACCUAUAUAGAUCCUAACCAGACCUCGUUUUAUAACGUUGAUCCAAACGCGACCUAGAUUUUGUUUAGAUUCAAUCCUGACCUAAUCCAUUGGUUUUUAUCUUAUCUGAAAGUUCACGCCCACUGGUAUGGUUAAGUUUAUACCAAAAGCAGACUUGCACCACGCCCAAUCUUUGAUUUUUAUAUUUGACCCUGCGGGCAUAUUUUAUUGAAACCUCGGAAUUCACAGCUGCAACGCGUUGUGUAAUAGGCGGGAAUCGAUCUUUAAACUUUUGGCGAAUAACUGUCCAAUAGUUUUUUACCGAGUUCCAUUAGGGUUAUUUGCUUUGCAACUUGGUUUUAGCGUCCUGCUUAAUGGAUGAAACUUAACGCGAAUCGAAUGUAAUACCAUCUAACGAUAAGUAAGUAUUUUCUGCAACCGGACCGUGACCCAUUUUACAAUUUCACAGUCAGCAGUACACCCGAUCUAAGAGUUCCUCAAAGUCAAUCUUGAUUUAACCCAAAUAUUUAAUGGCUUUAAACCAAGCACCAUAUUUUGUCUUUCGAAUUCUUAGUGUCGUCAGUUGUUACCUCGUAUCUCUCGAGAGCAAAAGGGUUAAGGGAAAGCAUCGUGUUGUAUUAUUCCCUUGGUCUACUCCGAGCUACUUUGUAUCCGUGUUUCCGGUUGAUGGACGUUGCUCGAGCCUCCCUACCUUGCGUCCCGACGCCUAGCCGCCUAGCGUCGUCGCACGUCGCAGCAGAAGGGGUCGGUCAGGAAAUACAAGGACUUCUUCUCUCUGUAUUUCAGUCGCGUUCGAGCUCUCGAGCUCUCGAGUAAAACGCGUGUCGACUCGAGUGCAGUUGGGAAAACCGGUGAACAAACACGAAUACGUCGAACGUGAAGAUAAGUUCAGAUUGAAGCGGAUUCACCGUCGAAAAACUUGAAGAAUCUAUAUCUAAUCAAUUAUAAAAUGGCUUCGACAACGUUUCAUCGUCGCCUAGAAGAAGCUUCUACCGAAUCAGCAACUCGAAAACUUGAAUACCUCGAGGAGAGACGCUAAAAAAGAUGCUUUGUAAACGUACUUUACCUUGAAGAUCAAGGUAAUACGUAGAGAAAAUAUAAGUAAAAGGAUAUAUAGAGAGUAAAUCUUGAAUAGUAAAGGUGAACACCAAGCGAUUGUCGGGGGUCGCGGACGGUGUUCGAUGAGAACCAAACAAGAUUUGGUGCAUACCCAGCGUACGUGAAAAGGUCCUCGGGCACGAGGACGGGGUGCCGAGGAGAUCGUCUUCGACAACGACGAUCACGUCGACGACGAUGCUACGUUCACCGGCACGCGUCGUUCUUCAGGAUUCUUCCGCUUCGACGUCCUCGACCCUGUCGGCUCCACCGACGCCGGUUCACCACGGCGCCGCUUCCGGUUCAGCAGGUACCGCCUCUGGCUCCAGCUCCAGCGUCUCCUCGCGUCUUUCUCUUCUCGACACCUGCCACAGGAAGAUCAGGUUCUUCGGCGAGCUUGUCGCAAAAGCCCGACGAAAGGAGAAGGAUGCGGGAACCACAGAAGAUCCGAAAUUGUACCUCGAGGAGGCGGCUCUUGAAAGGCAGCUGCCAGAACUGGACCUGAGGAUGUUGGUCGAUCUACCACCAGGUUUGGACUACAACGAGUGGCUGGCCUCUCACACCCUGGCACUAUUCGAUCACAUAAACCUCGUUUACGGAACGAUAUCUGAAUUUUGCACGAUGACGGGCUGUCCCGACAUGACUGGUCCUGGCUUAAGAACUUAUCUGUGGUUCGAUGAGAAGGGAAAGAAAACGAGAGUGGCAGCGCCACAAUAUAUAGAUUAUGUUAUGACUUUUACACAACGCACCGUUAGUGACGAAACUAUAUUUCCUACGAAGUAUGCAAAUGAAUUUCCUAGCUCGUUCGAAUCGAUAGUGCGUAAGAUCCUGCGGCUACUGUACCACGUGGUGGCACACAUUUACCACUGCCACUUCAGAGAGGUAGCACUCUUGGGGUUGCACGCUCACCUCAAUUGUGUGUUUGCCCACCUCACGCUCCUUAAUCAACGCUUCAACCUGAUCGAUCCGAAGGAAACGGAGAUCUUAGGGGACUUGGAGGCAGCUCUCUUGGGUGACUCGACGUCAUCAUCAGCGCCUUCACAGACCUUAGCCAUCCAGGAGACUCCGACCACAGCCACCUAGAUCGCGAUGCACAGUAAACAAGAGGUUGCAGUUCCUGAGACUAGGUGACGAUAGGCGUUUUGUUUUCCCUCUUUUUUUCCUUUUCUCUCUCUAUCUCUCUUUCUCUUUUCCUUUUCCUUUUCCUUUUUUCUUUUUUUUUUUUCUAAUUAGAGAGUACGCGAACGACAGAGUUUAAGGAUAACGAUUAUACACGCAGGUGGAGCGAGAGCGCAAUUCUGUAAAAACCAGUAGUACCUGUACAUAGCGAAGUGUGAAACAACUACAUGAUGUAAUUAGGUUCCUCCGUUUGUUGUUUGUGAGAUUGUACAUAAUUUAUUAAACAGUAAGAUAUACGAAAGAGACGAAGGAUGAUUAUUGAUUAUUAUUAUUGACAAAGUUAGUUGCUAUGAGGAAUAAUUUGUUCUGUAAAAACUAUUAAAGAAAAGAUUUAAAAAAAGAAGAAAAAUAACAAAAAUGAAUGAAACGAUAAUAAUAUUGUAAAGUUACAAGUAAUACCAAAUAUAUACCUGGUGUUAA